AUGGAAAAGAUAAAAAACCUACAUAUCACGAAAAACGAUAGGAAGCGAGUUGUUGUUUGGUGUGAUAAGGACUGUCCCUUUUACAUGAGAUUUAGUAAAAGGGUAGCGAACGAAUACUGGCAGUUGGUGAACAUAAUUGAUGAUCACACUUGUCAUAGGACUGCUAAGAAUAGGCAAGCUACAACAGAAUGGCUGGCUAAGAAAUUUAUACCCCUCUUGAGACAUACACCUGAAAUGAGGCCAAAGGGUUUGGUUGCAGAGUCACUUGAAAAGUGGGGUGUGAAGUUGUCGUCGGCACAAGCAUACAGGGCCAAAAUAAGAGCAUUGGAACUAAUACAUGGUGCUGAGACUGAGCAAUACGCAUAUUUGAGAAAUUAUGGCGAGGAACUCAGAAGGUCUAAUCCUAAUACCACUGUGAUAAUCAAGUGUGGGAUGUCUGAUGUUGGACCUGUUUUUGAGAGGAUAUACAUAUGUCUGGAGGCAUGUAAAGCAGCAUUUGCAUAUACCUGUCGGCCUUUGAUUGGUCUUGAUGCAUGUUUUUUGAAGGGUGAGUACGGUGGUCAGCUAAUGGCGGCAGUGGGAAUGGAUGGGAACAAUCAAAUUUAUCCAAUUGCUUAUGCUGUGGUGGAAGCCGAGACAAGAGACUCAUGGAAGUGGUUUCUAGAUCUUUUAUUAGCAGAUCUGAACAACAUUUUUCCAAGGUCUUAUGGUUUUAUUUCAGACCAACAAAAGGGAUUGGUACCGGCUAUUGCUGAUUUGGGGCCGAAUGUAGAACACAGGCUGUGUGUUAAACACUUGUACAGAAACUGGAAGAAGAAGUACCCUGGCGCACAUAUGAAAGAGUUACUAUGGCAAGCAGCUAGGGCAACUGUAGUUCCAGAUUGGGAAAGAGCCAUGAAAAAGAUUGAACUUAUCGAUCCAGCUGCUUGUAAAGACAUGAAGGACAUUCCGGCUGCCAUGUGGAGUAGGUCUGCAUUCCGCACUUACAGUCAUUGUGAUUUGCAGGUAAAUAACAUGUGUGAGGCGUUCAACAUGGCUAUUUUGGAGUAUAGAGACAAGCCCAUCAUUACUUUACUCGAAGGUAUAAAGCAUUACAUUACAACAAGGAUAGUGAAGCAGAAAAAUCUCAUUACUCGAUUCAGAGGCAAUAUUUGUCCUAGGGUGGAACAAACUAUUGAAAGAUUAAAGAGGGAGGCUGGUGGUUGGACACCAACAUGGCACGGAGAUGAUGCUUUCAAUAUCUUUAGUGUGACCAAUGGUACGGACACUUACGAGGUGAACUUACAACUACAUCAUUGUGCUUGCCGUAAAUGGGCUCUAAGCGGCAUUCCAUGUGUUCACGCCAUUGGUUAUAUUUUACACAAAAAGGCUGACACAUUUCCUUUUGUGUCACAGUAUUAUAGGAAAACAAGUUUCAUGGCGACAUACUCUUAUAUUGUUCUACCUUCGAAUGGUCCAAGACUUUGGCCAACAACGGAAGGUGAACCAAUUUAUCCACCAGUCAUGAGGAGAGCUCCAGGACGAACCAAAAAAAAGAAAGAAACAAGUCUAAUGAUGAGCACACUUCAAGCAAUAUGUUACCUAGAAUCUUGA